ACUCGUUGGUGGAUUGUUUAUCAUGAUAACUGGUGUCUAUGCAUAUUAUCAGAAGCAUCGCCUAGCAACGCAAGGAGAUGCAAAUGUUAUUGGCAUGACUUUUCUCUUUCAGUUAAUACUGGUUAUAUUGAGUAUGAUAACUGUGUACGGUACCGUCAGUAGUCUACGUGCAAAGACUGGAUUGCCUACCCUGAACAAAUAUCUCGGGUGGGUUAUUCUAGUGAUAUCGAUAAUCACCCCAUUUGUUCACGAACGAACUAAUCCUAAACAUUAUGCAUAUCGUCUCAUAUCGAUAUACUUGUCGUUCGCUCCGCUGUUUGUGCUAUUGAGCAUCUCAUACGAAGUACUAUUUUAUUGUAUAUUCUCAAUAACGCUUUGGAUAUGGCUUGCGUUGGAACGACAUUUGCAUCAGGAACGACGACCAACAUGGGAAUUACGAAAAGAGAGAGCACUGACAUUGGAAGAUCUUCGCAUUUCGUUAAUGUUCCUUUUUUUCAUGCUGGUAGCAUUCUUUGGUACUGGUAAUGUAGCUAGUUUGAGUAGUUUUUCUUUACAGAGCGUAUAUAGAUUGACAACAGUAUUUGAUCCAUUUCUCAUGGGUGCAUUAUUGCUACUUAAGCUAUUAAUCCCGUUCUUCAUUGUCACGUCUGCAGUUUACAUCGUCAACAAAGCAUUGGGCUUACCUUCAUUUAGUUUAUGUUUGCUGGUGAUCUCGACUUCGGACGUGAUGACGUUAAAUUUCUUUUAUUUAGUUAGAGAUGAUGGGAGUUGGUUAGAGAUUGGCACUUCGAUAAGUCAUUUCUGCAUUAGUUCACUAUUUGUUCUAUUUAUUAUUCUGCUUUAUUCGAUGACUCGGCUAUUAGUCGGGAAAGAAACAAUUCCAACUUAUCUGACUCUCGCCGGAAAAUACAAAAUAAUAUAG